AUGGCCGACCUUGCAGCUUGGGCUCUUCCUCGGCUCAGCCAGCUCCUCCCGCUGGAUGAGGAAUCUUUGAAGCAGAUCGUCAACUAUUCAGCCGACCUCGCCAAAGAUGCUUGUGCCGAUCACCUGAAAAAUCUCCUCGGCGACUCCCCUGCAGCGCUGGAGUUCAUCACCUCAUUCAACGCACGCCGCGAUGCACGGUCGGCGACUUCCUCAACCACCAAUGCCGGAACCAUAAACAGCGAUCACCCCCGGGGAAGAAAUAAGAAGGAAAAGAAGCCGCUGCAUAGCCCUGGUCCGCCACGCCGUCCAGAUAACUACGGCAAUAUGGGAGGAGGAUACAUCAAAGCAAAUAAGGUGGAAGACUACAUGUCUGCCAGCAAACCCCCCUUGUCGGUACUAUCACCCGAUCUCUCGGUGCCUGGCUCGUCCGCAUCAUCGCCCAACCAGUCGCCGAUACCCACCUCUUCCAACCACCCCCCGUCAGCUUCUGGUCCGGUGCUGUCAGAUAUGCUGCCGAAUGUGCGGUCCAAAACGAGCACAUCGACCCGAAGAACCGGCAACGCCAGAUCUUCCAAAGGAAGCGAGUCUCUCACAGCCAACAGUAUUUCCGAUCUGACAGCCGCCAUCGCUGCCCUGGAGGUGUCAACCAACCCUAGCUUGAGCACUGAGAGACGAAAAUGCGCGUGCUCUGCGUCAAUACACCCAUUAUUUGACCCUGCUCCAAAUUGCCUCAACUGCGGCAAAAUCAUCUGCGCCUUAGAAGGUUUACAACCAUGCUCCUUCUGCGGCACAUCGCUUUUAUCCUCUGAAGAAGUGCAAAGUAUGAUACGAGAACUUCGGAACGAGCGUGGCCAAGAGAAAAUGCGCGCCCACAACGAAGGCGUCCAUCCCGACGGGGGGCCACGACUAGUCUCUGGAUCUGGAUCGGUAGCUUCUCGCAAACUUGACGCUGCCAGGGCCCACCGCGACAAACUGCUUAAUUUCCAAGCACAGAAUGCUCAGCGGACCAAGGUGGUCGACGAAGCGGCCGAUUUUGAGACCCCUAGUACCGCCACGACGCUGUGGAUGAGCCCGGCACAGCGAGCGCUCGCACUGAAAAAGCAGCAGCGCAUUCAACGUGAGCUGGAAGAAAAGGCCCGUCCGGAGUGGGAAAAGAAGAAGACCGUAAUGAGCCUUGAUAUCAAGGGUGGAAAGGUUCGACGGGUCUAUCAAUCUGCGGCCGUGGAGUCAACGCCGGAGAACAACGAGCCGGAAUUGCUAGACCUCGACGUCGAAGAAUCCUUGGAGUCUUCCGGUCGACAUGCGUUUAGUAGGAACCCGCUUCUUGCGGCUGGUGGGUUAAUGAGACCCAUUUGGCACGCCCCAGAUGGCAAGAUAGCUGAAAAAUCCGAGAGACCUGAGCCGAAAAAGACGUGGCGACGUGUCCAAGAUGACAAUGAUGAUAAUGAAUCGUGGAUCUUAGACGGGGGCUUACAUGGAUAUGACACAUGA